AUGGCCUACCUCGAUGAGUAUACGCUUGCCAGCCCUCCACCCCCCUACGAGGAAGUAGAGAAAAAGGUUAACGACCUUAUUGGACCCAACCCAACGGUGGACAAGGUGCUCAAUGCCACCAAAGGCCUUUCUCAAGGGGAUCUCGUAACCCUCAUCAAAGAAUCCGGUAAUGAGAAGCGCUUUCCUUUAAAGACUGAGAAACAGAAGGAGCACUUUGCCAUCGCACUUUCUCAAACUGUGUCAUCCCCGGAUUUCAAGGACAAAGUCAAGCAUUCUUCUUCGUCCGCCUCUCUAGCGGCAAAGGAGAUCAGCGCCAUUUUCCAGCGGCUACAUGUGAAGGUUGUUCAGAUUGAUCAAAUUCACAAGUCUACCUUUCAAAAGCCAUUGCGAGACAUUCAAGGGACAUACCAUACUCUUUUGCGGGACAGUCGUACGACUGCAGUCGAGAUUGCUCAGUAUGGAACUUUAUUCGAUGAAGUCAUUAUAAAGCUCUGCGCUGACGAGAGCUUGUUAAUCGAAGAGCGCAAAGUAUCAAUUAAUGACUAUAUUGCGAAAUCGAAGACGUUCAGCGAUGAAGCAAGUAAGCUCGACGAGCGUUUCAAUAACCUAAUUCAGACCUUUUCUGACUUUGUCGACACUUUCUCUACCUGGGCACAGGACAAAGAGAAGGAGAUUUCCGAUGAAAUUAAAGCGCUGAAUGAAGAUUUGAAGAAACUGCGAGCAAAAUUAACAAAACUCAAGAUUGCGAGGGAUUCCUUCGUCACCGUUGGGGCUGCUGUUGUCCCUGUAACAGCCAUAUUAAUCGGGGUCUUCGAUAAAGUCGCGAUUCCGCUUGUGAUCGGAGGACUUAUCGCUGCUGGCGUCACUCUCGCGAUUAUAGUUGGCCUCAGCGCUGCUAUCACUGUAACGGAGGGUGAAAUAGACGAGAAGACAAAAAAGAAGGAAGAACUCGAGACGCAGCUUAAGCAGAUCCAGCAGGCUCGACAAGAGCUUGAGACACUUGGAAACAACUCUCUCCUAUCGUUCAAGCUAUCUGCCGGAAUCCUGGCAGGCUACUGGCAGACCACCAUGAAAGAUGCAAGGGAAAUCCAGUUUUGGCUUAACGACGGAGCCAAGAACGCGGAUCAACCCCAAUACAUGAAGCUGAACUUGAACAAGUCCGUGGCAAUCUACAAAACCAUCGCGGAGUACAUGAGAGAAUAUGCUCGGGGUGUUGAGCCGAGCGGAUAA